UCUCCCCCGCCCCUCCCGGCGAAGAGCGCAGGAUCUGGUGGGCAUAAGAGGAAGGGGAUCUGUGGGCUCCGAAGGAAAGUAACUUGGAUUCCCGCGCCGCGCUAAACCACAAAGCUGUGGGCGCUCAACGCGGAGGGGAAGAACUUACUCAAGAAGCCGUCAUUAAGCAAUCGUGGUUUGCAGCGGCUGGGAACCGAGCUUUGCAAAAGAGGGGUUUCAAAGCGAGCCCGGGGAGACGUUGCUCGAUCCUGAUUCCUCCCCACCCACCCCAAAAAAAACACCACAGUCCCCCAAGAGGUACUUUUUUUGACCCCACAUUUUAGCUUUUCUCUCCCCUCCCCCCCAACUCCGCCGCCACCCACUCGCCUCUGUCCCUGACCUUCGCUCCCUCUACGGCAGCAAGUUUCGCUGGCUGAACUCCCGGUCCUGCUCGGAUACGGCGGAGUUUACUGAUAACCCAGGUUCAGGACGUGUCACUCCCGCGUGUAUCCAUUAUUUCGAUUAUUUAGGCGCUUCUAAAGACGAAGCGCUAUUGGUGGACGCUCGAGUAGGCUUUGCACGGUCGGCAGCGCUUCUGCCCUGGUUCCUUCCACUAGUUUUAAUCAACAAAUGCAGCCUUUUCCUUAGCCAAGGAAAUCUGGUUUAGGAAAUCUCUGCUGAGAAAAUCACAAUGAAGAGUUUUAGCCCAAGAGUUAGGACCUGUAGAAAUACUGUUCAGUAUUUUGCUUUUGCUGCAUCGGAGUAACGCGGCUGUGUUUUUGGAAACUUCUGCCUGUCCGGGUUGAAACCGCGCUCUAAAAUUAGCUUUAGCCUUAAACCUGGGGUUAGAAUGAAUAUAAUCCCAGCCCAUAAUUGGGAGAAUAUUCAUUGGAUUGUAACCGUAAAUCUGUGACUCAGCCUCGUCCGAAUCGGAAAAGUUUGGGUACCUAAACAAACCAAACUUUCAACGAAGGAGGAUGAGCGUUUCUGGCAUGCAGCCCGUAUGACGCCCGGAGCAAUUGGGCUGCGAGGGUGUGUGUGAGGGAAUGGAGGAGUAUGAAAGAAAGCGUUCCAUGCGGAGUCCGCUAGAUCAAUGUCAUCCCCGUUUCGACACCUCUGAAGUUUCAGACGAAUUCGAUGGGCUCCGAAUUUCCAAUCGCUAAUAGGAUUUUGCUGGUGGUCCCUUUCGGUGUAGAAAUCCGGAAUAACUACUGCGAUUCAGUCCCGGGUUAACAAUGCCUCUCCUUUAAACAAAAACCGGAUUAGAUGCAGCUGGGGAGAGGGGGAACUUUCAGAUGCCUUGCAAAAUCAGGGAUACAAGAGAAAGCAGCCCAGAACGUGAGAGCUGCUUUGACACCCGUGUUCCCAGGAAGGUAAGAACUCUGCUGUCGCUGGGGUACGAAGCAAAUCCGCCCCCCCAUGGCGCCGGCGCAGAGGGCUCCAGAGCCCCGAUUUAAAUCGGGUUCAUAUGCAUAACCACGGGCUCUUCGGCCAAUAGUUGCGCAGUAAGUCCCACCUCGGGUUACGUGUUACCGCGGAGGUACCCGCCUCGCUCGGUCUUCUGGGUUAGGGAGGGGGGUACAUCCCGGCAUGCAUCGGUAUUGGAUUUUUAAUUAAAACAAGAGGUGGCAGAUCGUGGCAGAGCCCCCCCCCCCUUUUCCCCCCUUUGAUUUGAUCCUUCUGCUCCUGCCACCCACCGACCCCGUUUCCUCUCCAGUCCCGGGAUGUCCUCUCCUUCCCCCUCUUCCUUCCUGGGCCCGAGGUCGGCUGAUCGCCCUAAAGUGCCUCGAACUCGGGCGGCCACUUGGAGUCACCGGGAGACCCUGGAUUUCCUCGCCUUGUGGGGCGAGGAGUCCAUCCAGGCGCAGCUCAACCGCUGCCACCGGAAUGCCGACGUCUACCAGUGGAUCUCCGAGCGCAUGGCCGAGAAGGGCUAUUUCCGUGACGAGGACCAAUGCCGGACGAAAGGCAAAGACCUCAAAAAAAGUUACAAGCAAGCCAAGCUGCAAGACGGUGUCGCCCGCCAGCGCUGCCGCUUCUUCCACGAGCUCGACGCCAUCCUGGGCGGCGGGGCAAGCAGUUCCCGCGGCGGGGACGGCGCUCCGUGGUGCCAGGUGGUGGUCAAGGAGGAAAGCGAUCCGGAGCUCGAUCCCGAUCCGCAGCCCGCUGAGGACGAGUACUCCUGGACCCAGGCCUCUGUCACCGACGGCAGCGAUCCGGAGCCACCGGGCGAGCCUGCCUAUUCAUCGUCCUCUUCUCAAGCCGCUGCAGGGAGCGCGAUCUGUGCGGAGCCCUCGAUCCUGCACCGUCAGGUGGCUGUUGGCGUGAUCAAGGAAGAGAAGAGCCCCCUGCGGGAAGAGGCCGACCCCCGCGGAGGAGGAAGGGGAGCAGAUAGGGCUUACCUCUACCCUGCUCUGGAAAACUCUCGAGGGGAGAUCCCUGGCAGAUCUAGGAUGAUGGAGGAGCCUUUCCUUCAGCAGGAGACUCCGGGACAUCUGGACGCUCCCUGGGGAACUGGGGUAAAGAGGAGAGCUUUUUCCAGGCCACGGAAUCUGCUGAGCAUGCGUGAGAAGUUGGCCCAGCUCCGGAAGAGGAGGAAGAGACCCUGGGACGACAAAUUUGAUGAGUUGGUGCGGGAUAUCCGGACACAUUUCAGAGAGAGAGAAAAGCUAUUUCAAGGACUAUGGGAAGAAGAGAAAGCCCAACGGGAGAAGGAUCGGCAGCUUUGGGUAGCUGAGAUGGCUUGGAUUCGGCAAAUGUGGACGAAGAGCCAGAAGGAGAAGGAAGCAGAGGAAGAAGACAAGGGGACGAAUGGGCCUGGGCAUAUAAAGGAAGAGAAUCAAAAUAGAGAAGCCUGCAAAGACUCUGAAGAGGGAUCUUGUAAAGAGGGGAAAGUUCAGGAGCCCCUGCUGUUAAAGUCCUGGCUGGAAUCUCAUAGUCGCAAAUUGGGGCACUUUAUAAAUGGCAAGUGGCUGAAACCAGAUAGGCGAGAGACAUACACAAUCAAGCAUCCCACCACAGGGGAACCACUGGCCACCACAAUCCAAGGCAAGAAAGAAGAUGUGGACAAAGCUGUUCAGGCUGCUAAAAUAGCCUGUGAAAGUUGGAGCCUACUCCCUGGCCAUAUUCGAGCCCGACACCUUUACAAUAUUGCCAGGACCAUCCAGAAACAUCAGCGGCUGCUCAGCGUUCUGGAGAGUCUCGACAGUGGAAACUUGAUCCGUGAAAGCCAAGAAGCGGAUCUCCCUUUGGUUGUACGCCAUUUCUACCACUACGCAGGAUGGGCCCAGCUGAUGGAGGAACAGAUGAGCAACUGGCAACCACUUGGUGUUGUUGCUAUUCUUAUUCCUCGAAGUUUUCCUUUGCUGACGCUGACAUGGAAGUUGUGUUCAGCCCUGGCGAUGGGAAACACGACAAUUUUGAAGCCAGCCAGGUCCGCCGGUUUGGCUGCUCUGUUCUUGGCCGAGGUCUGUACCCAAGCUGGGCUCCCCCCGGGGGUCUUCAAUGUCCUCACUGGCGAUCAGGGGCUGGGAGAAGCCUUGGCACACGACCCAGGCAUCGACAAAGUGGCCUUUGCUGGAACGGCCAAGGUGGGCCGUUGUCUGCGUCAAGCAGCUGGCAGUGGCAAGAAGCUUUGUCUCCAACUUGGGGAGAAGUUGCCCUUCAUUGUCUUUGACUCAGCUGACUUGGAUAGUGCUGUUGACGCAGUGGUGGACGCCAUCUGGCUGAAUCGAGGACAGGUCCACAGUGCUGGGGCUCAACUGUUCCUUCAGGAAUCCAUUGCCAAAGACUUUAUUCAACGCCUGAAACACCAUGGGCAGCUCUACUUAGGAGACUCUCUGGACAAAAUCACAGAUGUGGGACCAUUGACCAGUGAGAAGCAGCGAAAUGUCAUUGACAGCCUGGUGGAAGAAGCUCGGGCUGAAGGGGUAGAAGUGUUCCAAGCUUGGGCAUCCCUCCCAUCAAAUAAAUUGUUUAACCCUCCAACCUUAAUCACUGGCGUGUAUCAGACCUCCCGUUGCGUCCAGGAAGAGAUCUUUGGACCUGUUCUGGUAUCCCUGACUUUCCGGACGACCAAGGCGGUGGCUUUGGGGAACAGCACACCUCACGGACUGGCUGCUAGUGUGUGGACAGAAAUUCUUUCCUUGGCCCUCGAAGUUGCCCACAGCUUGCAGGUUGGAACAGUCUGGAUAAACAGCCAUAAUAUGUUAGAUGCGGCAGCUGCCUUUGGAGGGUAUAAGGAAAGUGGCCAUGGACGGAACGGAGGCAAAGAGGCACUUUAUGAAUACGUGAGACCAAUGUGGGAAAUCCAACCACACAUCGGUGGUAUGGAUCUGAAUUACAAAAUCUUUGCUACUACUUCACAAAGAGUUCCUCUCCCACUGAUUUCUGGGGAUAAAGCUCCCUGCUCUAUAGUUUCUGAGCUGAAAGAAGAUAUUCCAAGCAGCAUGGACCAAACCUACAAGUUGUACUGCGGUGCUCAGAAGAGACCAGAUUCCUUGAGUUCCCGAGCCAUCCUUGACCAUGCAGGCAAAACAGCGGCCCUCGUGGCAGAUGGGAACGUGAAGGACAUCCAUAACGCAGUGGAGGCCGCUAACAAAGCAGCUCCCGGGUGGGCGAAGAAAACGACACACGCCCGGGCCCAGAUCUUGUACUACCUGGCUGAAAAUCUGGAACUCCGUCGAGCUGGGAUUGCAUCACAGCUGGAAUCAUUAAUGGGUAUAGAAAAAGAGAAAGCUUUGAUGGAGGUGGAUAUUAGUGUGCGCCGGCUAUUUUAUUGGGCAGCUUAUUCGGACAAAUAUGGUGGAGUUGUGCAGGAAACCACUCUGUAUGGUGCCUGUAUUCACUUUCGAGAACCACUUGGUGUCGUGGGAAUUGCCUGUCCAGACGAGCACCCGCUCCUCAGUUUUGUCAGCUUGUUUGCCCCAGCAAUUACUCGUGGCAACUGCGUUGUGAUUAUUCCCAGUGAGCGAUAUCCUUUGCCCGCCUUGGAUUUUAUUCAGGUUUUGGAGACCUCCGACGUGCCUGCUGGGGUGGUGAAUAUCAUCUCUGGCUCCCGGGAUUACUUGAGUCGAAGUUUAGCUGAGCAUCAUGAUAUCCAAGCCAUGUGGUACUUCGGGUCUAAAGAGGGUUCGGGCCUUGUGGAAUGGGCUUCUGCCGGGAAUCUGAAGAGGACCUGGGUGAAUUAUGGAAUUGAUAUACGUUGUUGGAGUGAUCCAGAAGAUGGGUCAGGAGAAGAAUUUCUCUAUCAGGCCACCCAGUCUAAAAGUGUCUGGAUGCCUAUGGGUGACAUAUUUCCCAACUGAGCUUUUGUGGGGGGCAAUGGGGGGAGCAGGAUAAAAAAAAACCACAUCUCUAUUGUUUAAUGUCUAAUAAAAGAGCAUUUUACCAUUU